AUGAUGGAGAACACCGGCAGCAGCGACGCCCAGCCGCAUUUGACGGGUCUGCCGCCACUGCCAAAAAGUCUGAGUGCCGCCUCGUCUGCUCCUGUGGCCAUUGGCCCACAUCCCCGUACAGCCUCGCCGGCUUCAAGUGUUUCCGCACUGACGGCAGCCGCCGGAGAACUUUAUCUGGGCCCCUCCACCUCCUCGUCGGCAGCGGCGGCCAGGAACCGCAGCUACAACGGACACGGCCAUGGCCAACGACACGGAAGUCUCUCCUCCACGCAGGAGUCACUCAGCGAUCGGGAGUCUGUGCACAGUCGCGCCUCCAGCACACAUAGCGCUGGGGCGGGCCACACGCCCACCAACAGCUCGAGCAGCACCGGAGCUUCCUCUUCGACCAUCGACAACCAGCUGGCCAUUCUGCGAAGGGAGAUGUACGGCCUGAGGCAACUGGAUUUGUCAUUGCUCUCACAGCUGUGGGCGCUCAACGAGUCGAUACAGGGAUUUCGGGUGUUUCUUCAGGAGCAGGAUGCCAUGUCGCCUCCUUCGAGGUCUCGCACGCCAUCGGAUGCGAAUUCCUUAAGUUCCGACGAGGAGGACGAUGGCUCCUAUGCGCCAGUGGCUUUGCCCAAGAUGACGGACGCCGCGGGAAGUGCAAGUGCGGGAGUGGUUAGCUCCCGUGCUAUGGCCUCGCCGGCAGCUAGCGGCGGACUGCCCACCAAACUGGCCACGGGGUCAACUACAUCUCAUGCCUCGACCAGCUCCACUUCUGGGGCCUCGGGCUCCUCAUCGGCUGCCUCGUCGAUGGGCAAGCACCAACAAUUGCAGCAGCAACAACAGCAGCAGCAGGCGACAAACCACUACCAUCAGAGGCCGGCGCCACCACCCGCACCACCAGCCCAGCACAAGGCACAUCCGCAACUGCCGAGGAUUCUGCAGCAGCGCAUGAGACAGGCACCACCCCCGCCGCCGCCCACAAGGCAAAAGGGGGGCGGCGGCGGUGGUGGGGGCGGGGCGAGCACUAGCAGCAGUAACCACAGCAUCAGCAGCGUCACCCAGCCGCAUCCACACUCACUCCAACAUCCCCAGCAUACCCACCAUUCGCGGCCUGUAUGACAAAACCCGUUCUUGGACUAAGCCAAGUUCAAGAACAGAAACAGAUUUUCAUAGCAGCCGCUGCCAACACUUCGGAAAGGGUCAAUUAAACGACAUUUCUCCAAGAGUCAAUUCAAAUUCAAGUGCAGAAAGAUCACAAACACACUCACUCUGUCAACUCUCAUCUCAUAAAGCUUGCCAUGGUCCUCGUUCUUGAUAUUGAAACACGAAACAUAUGAAUGGUUUAUAAAUGUUUUUUGCGAAACGAUGAAAAUGUCAUUGAAUGUAAGCGUACCACUUUUCACGUUUAAUAUUAAAUAAUAAACACAAGAAAUUUGUAUUCAAUAAUAAUCGCUAAGUAGUAAAGGAUAAGAUCCUUAUAUGCAUCUAUGUAUUACUCGAAUUGUAUAAACAUAAAUUUAAAAUGCUUGAAAUUCCGCAUCGAA